AACUUCAAUUCUAUUAAUGCGGGAGUGUAUUGAUAUUUUAAUUUAAUAAUUUCUCCUCUUCCAUCAUUUUCAAACGGAAAAUGCAUAGUUAAAAUGUAAAAACCCUCAGACUUCCUCAGAAUCCCAGGUCUCAGUCAGUCCUCCUCAGCCCUCGCUCUUUUCAAAAGGUAUUAUUCCAUUCACCCCACGACAAGCUCGAACGCCACAUUCUUUUUCCAUAGUAAUGUCUAGGGUUUUCAAAGGUUUGAGGGCGUUGUUAGCCUCCCCAGCGUCGUCUUCUUCUUCUGCAGCAGCAGCAGCCAAGUUUUCUUCUUCUUCAGCUUUUACCGCUACUGCUGGCAAAUCAGCUACGUCAAAAGCGGUUCAGAAAACUCCGAAAAAGCCGAUCGCUUCAAAACCCAAGACUGAAAAACCAGCUACUCCUCGAACUACCACUCGACCCUCUGGGAUUUUUAAACUUACCCCUGUUUCUCCUGCUUUGGCUCGAUUCCUUGGAGCCCCAGAGGCUUCCCGUUCCGAUGCUGUUAAGCAGAUCUGGAGCUAUAUCAAAUCCCAGAACCUUCAGAAUCCUGCUAACAAGAAGGAGAUCUUUUGUGAUGAGAAGCUUAAGACCAUUUUUGAUGGAAAAGAAAAAGUUGGUUUCCUAGAGAUCGGGAAAAUGCUAUCCCGCCAUUUUGUGAAGUCCAGCUGACCUCUAUUUUCAUGUUUAACCACUGGUUGCCCUACCAACAUCAAGCUAGCUCUUGUUAUUCUGAACUGAACUUUUUUUAUGUAUGUUCAUGUUUUGCCUUUCAUUUUGCGAGCUAAACUCUCUGGUAGCCUUGCAACUGAGGAAAUGUUCCCAGCUGGACUUGUGUAAAAAUUCUGUAGGGACUAGGGAGUGAAAAAGUAACAUUUUCAUUUGGUUUCCUGAUUUUCAUUUGUACUGUUUAUGGUAACCGGAUCUUUGAUCAACUAGUAGUUUAAUCAUUCAAUCAUGAGAAAACCAUUGUUCGUUUUGAAUUUCAA